CCUUUUACUCCUGGAGCCCUGUGCCAACUCCUCUACAUGCAGGGUGCUGACAAGAAAAGAGGGAAAAAGCAAAAGGAGUUAAACAAAAGAAAGAUUCCCUAAUUUUCCUUUCUUGUUUUCCUCUCUAAGCCUUUCCACAUUAAAGGGAUUGUCAGAGGCAGGCGGAGGAGCGACGCGAGGGGGAGGCGGCCAUUGGCUGCCCGGCUCGGGUGAUUAGCAUAUCGGCGGCUAUAAAGGCAAAGGCGGCGCGAGGCGGCGCAGCUUCUGUAAGAGAGGGAGAGGCGCAGGGUGAGGGCGGGUCCGCGCGUCCUCAGAGCCCGCUGGAGGCGCGGAGCUGCUACCCGCAGACUUCUCCCGCACAGGGCUCGCAAAGAGCGUGAUUCCGAGAGCCUGAGACUGACGCCAGACCUGGAAACCAGAGAAGACUUCCUUAGCCUUUCGGAUCGCACUUGAGGCUGGAGGCAUGAGUCCUGUGAGGCUUUGGGGCAGCCCCUGCCUUUUCCCCUUGCAGCUCUUCAGCCUCUGCUGGGUGCUCUCAGUGGCCCAGAGCAAAACAGUCCGAUACAGCACCUUCGAGGAGGAUGCCCCUGGCACGGUCAUCGGGACCCUGGCCGAGGACCUGCAUAUGAAAGUAUCGGGUGACACAAGCUUCCGCCUGAUGAAGCAAUUCAACAGCUCUCUGCUCCUGGUGCGCGAAGGCGACGGGCAGCUGACCGUCGGGGACGCCGGCCUGGACCGCGAACGGCUGUGUGGCCAGGCCCCGCAGUGCGUGCUGGCCUUCGAUGUGGUCAGCUUCUCGCAGGAGCAGUUCCGGCUGGUGCACGUGGAGGUGGAGGUGAGGGACGUCAACGACCACGCGCCGCGCUUCCCCCGGGCCCAGAUCCCGGUAGAGGUGUCCGAGGGUGCGGCCGUGGGCACGCGCAUCCCCUUGGAGGUGCCGGUGGACGAGGACGUGGGCGCCAACGGGCUGCAGACCGUGCGCCUGGCCGAGCCGCACAGCCCCUUUCGCGUGGAGCUGCAGACGCGAGCGGACGGCGCUCAGUGCGCGGAUCUGGUGCUGCUGCAGGAGCUGGACCGCGAGAGCCAGGCCACCUACAGCCUGGAGCUGGUGGCCCAGGACGGCGGCCGCCCGCCGCGCUCCGCCACGGCUGCCCUCAGCGUUCGCGUCCUGGAUGCAAAUGACCACAGCCCGGCCUUCCCGCAGGGCUCCGUGGCCGAAGUGGAGCUGGCGGAAGACGCGCCUGUGGGCUCCCUGCUUCUCGACCUGGACGCAGCCGACCCCGACGAGGGCCCUAACGGCGACGUGGUGUUCGCUUUUGGCGCCCGCACCCCGCCAGAGGCGCGCCGCCUCUUUCGGCUUGACCCGCGAUCGGGCCGCCUCACCCUGGCCGGGCCCGUGGACUACGAGCGUCAGGACACCUACGAGCUGGACGUGCGGGCGCAGGACCGCGGACCCGGGCCUCGCGCUGCCACCUGCAAGGUCAUCGUGCGCAUCCGCGACGUCAAUGACAACGCACCCGACAUCGCCAUCACCCCGCUGGCCGCCCCAGGCGCGCCGGCCGCCUUGCCCUUCGCCGCUGCCGCCGCCGCCGCUGCGCUCGGGGGAGCGGACGCUAGCUCGCCGGCAGGAGCCGGGACGCCCGAGGCUGGCGCCACUUCGCUGGUACCGGAGGGGGCUGCGCGCGAGAGCCUGGUGGCCCUGGUCAGCACCUCGGACAGGGACUCGGGCGCCAACGGGCAGGUGCGCUGCGCCCUCUAUGGGCACGAGCACUUCCGGCUGCAGCCGGCCUACGCGGGCAGCUACCUGGUGGUGACUGCGGCGUCGCUGGACCGCGAACGCAUCGCCGAGUACAACUUGACGCUGGUGGCCGAGGAUCGCGGCGCGCCCCCGCUGCGCACCGUGCGGCCCUACACGGUGCGUGUGGGCGACGAGAACGACAACGCGCCGCUCUUCACGCGGCCGGUCUAUGAGGUGUCUGUGCGCGAGAACAACCCGCCAGGCGCCUACCUGGCCACGGUGGCCGCCCGGGACCGGGACCUGGGCCGCAACGGCCAGGUCACCUACCGGCUGCUGGAGGCCGAGGUGGGCCGCGCCGGGGGCGCCGUGUCCACUUAUGUCUCUGUGGACCCAGCUACCGGAGCCAUCUACGCGCUGCGCAGCUUCGACUAUGAGACGCUGCGCCAACUCGACGUUCGCAUCCAAGCUAGCGACGGCGGCUCCCCUCAGCUUUCCAGCAGCGCCCUAGUGCAAGUGCGCGUGCUGGACCAGAACGACCAUGCGCCGGUCCUGGUGCACCCGGAGCCAGCCAAUGGCUCCCUAGAAGUGGCGGUGCCUGGGCGCACCGCAAAGGACACGGUUGUGGCCCGUGUGCAGGCCCGGGAUGCAGACGAGGGAGCCAACGGGGAGCUGGAGUUCGAGCUGCAGCAGCAGGAGCCGCGCGAAGCCUUCGCCAUUGGCCGCCGCACGGGGGAGAUACUGCUCACCGGCGACCUCUCGCAGGAGCCACCCGGCCGCGUGUUCAGGGCGCUCCUGGUCAUAUCCGACGGCGGCCGUCCCCCGCUCACCACCACCGCAACUGUCAGCUUCGUGGUAACAGCAGGGGGCGGGCGUGGGCCGGCUGCGCCUGCCAGUGCGGGAAGCCCCGAGCGUUCCCGCCCGCCUGGCUCUCGGCUCGGGGCGUCCGGGUCGGCGCUGCAAUGGGACACGCCACUGAUCGUCAUCAUCGUGCUGGCCGGGAGCUGCACGCUGCUGCUGGCCGCCAUCAUCGCCAUCGCUACCACCUGCAACCGCCGCAAGAAGGAGGUGCGCAAAGGGGGGGCCCUCCGGGAAGAGCGGCCCGGGGCGGCGGGCGGCGGAGCCUCGGCUCCCGGCUCCCCGGAGGAGGCCGCCCGGGGAGCCGGGCCCAGGCCCAACAUGUUCGACGUGCUCACCUUCCCUGGCACCGGCAAAGGGCCCUUUGGCAGCCCCGCGGCGGACGCGCCUCCGCCUGCGGUCGCCGCGGCCGAAGUGCCGGGCUCAGAGGGCGGCAGCGCCACUGGGGAAAGCGCCUGUCACUUCGAGGGGCAGCAGCGGCUCCGCGGCGCGCACGCCGAGCCCUACGGUGCCUCCCCGGGUUUUGGAAAGGAGCCGGCGCCCCCUGUGGCGGUGUGGAAAGGACACUCAUUCAACACCAUUUCUGGCAGAGAAGCAGAGAAGUUCAGCGGCAAAGACAGCGGUAAAGGGGACAGUGAUUUCAACGACAGCGAUUCCGACAUCAGCGGGGACGCUCUGAAAAAGGAUCUCAUCAACCACAUGCAGAGUGGACUGUGGGCGUGCACCGCUGAGUGUAAGAUCCUGGGCCACUCUGACCGCUGCUGGAGCCCAUCCUGCAGCGGGCCCAGCGCACAUCCAUCACCUCACCCACCAGCCCAGAUGUCAACCUUCUGUAAGAGCACGUCCCUGCCUCGGGAUCCUCUGCGCAGGGACAAUUACUACCAGGCCCAGCUGCCCAAGACAGUGGGGCUGCAGAGCGUCUAUGAGAAAGUACUGCACAGAGACUAUGACAGGACAGUCACUCUGCUCUCCCCUCCCCGUCCAGGGAGGCUCCCAGACCUGCAGGAGAUUGGGGUACCCCUCUACCAGUCCCCUCCUGGCAGGUACCUGUCCCCGAAGAAGGGAGCCAAUGAAAAUGUGUAAUCCCAUGCUGCAUGUCUUCACACAUAUACAGGUCACUCCGAGAAGCCCCUAAGUUAUUGACCGGUUUCAGUGUUGUAUAUAUAAAUAUGCAAGAUGUGCCUUAAAAUGAAGUUGUUGGAAGCUAUUUCCAAUCACAUUGGUACUGUUUGGUAUUUGCAAACAAAAAUGUAGUUAAUGUAAUUUUUAUGAAAUGUGUGCAGUAUUUAAUUUUUCUUAUCAUGCUAUUGACUUUAAUUUCACUUGCAGCUUGCCAUUUUCUUAGUGUUUUUAACCUGUACAUUGUGUAAUGUAAUGUUUGUAUAUAAUGAAAUUUUGUUAUAUUUUUAUAUAAUAAAAGCUAAAGUGGAAGUUAUUGCCAAAGGAACUGUCUGUAAGACAAAAAACAAAACAUGUUGGAAUUACUUAAUUGAAAUUUAUCUUUCACCUGAAACAACCUAGUGUCUGAGAAAUUUUGCCUUGCCAAGUAUAACUUGUAUAUCUUGAUUCUGUGGUAGAUUUCAAGUUCAAUGUUAUUUAAUUACAUUUGGUUUUCUGUAAACCGUGUCACUUAUAAGCACAGUAAUAAAAGAUUUGUCAUGUGUUUGAAGAA